AUGUCAUCGUUCCGAUAUCUGGUGCCAUUGACCACUAUCCUAUUGAUAUGCUGCUCUAAGCAGCAUUCUGCCAUCCUAUAUGCAUCAACUUUCUCGUUGUUUGGUUACAUAGCUGCCAACUGGAUGAUCCCCAGGGUCGGUAAUGCAUUCAUUAAAAUUGGAUUAUUUGGUAAAGAUAUGAGCAAGCCUGGCAGACCUGUUAUCCCUGAGAGUGUUGGUGCUAUUUCUGCAGGUAUCUAUAUUUUGGUAAUGCUCCUAUGUAUCCCCUUCAUGUUCUACAAAUACAUGGUUACUGCAACUUCUGGUGGAGGUUAUCGUGAUAUUUCAGUAGUUGAAGCCGGUGAACAGCCAACAAGUUUUUUCCCACAUGACAAAUUGUCAGAGUAUCUGAGUAGUAUUCUUUGCCUCGAGUCAACGAUUUUGUUGGGUGUGGCAGACGAUUUAUUCGACUUACGCUGGAGACACAAAUUCUUUUUACCUUCCAUUGGAGCUAUACCACUAUUAAUCGUCUACUAUGUGGAUUUUGGCGCUACACAUGUACUUGUUCCAGGAUUCCUACAAAAUUGGGUUCAAAUCCCAUUAAUUGAUUUAGGUGCUUUUUAUUACGUUUACAUGGGGGCCAUGACAAUCUUUUGUCCCAACGCUAUUAACAUUCUGGCAGGUGUCAACGGAUUAGAAGUUGGUCAAAGCAUUGUAUUGAGUCUCCUAGCGUUGAUCAAUGAUGGUAUUUAUAUGACGUUGGGACAUCCAAACACUUGGGAAAACCAUAGAUUCUCUGCAAUGUUAAUCCUACCAUUCUUAUGGGUGUCUAUGGCACUUUACAAUUGGAAUCGCUGGCCCGCUAAAGUGUUUGUUGGUGACACUUACUGCUACUUUGCAGGCAUGGUAUUUGCAGUUGUGGGCAUAUUAGGGCAUUUCUCAAAGACGAUGUUAUUGUUAUUCUUACCACAGAUCGUCAACUUCCUAUAUUCAGUACCACAAUUAUUCCACAUCGUCCCUUGUCCCAGACAUAGAUUGCCACGUUUCAACGAAAAAGAUGGACUACUAUACCCAAGUAGAGCUAAUUUGCAAGAAACUCCCGCCAAAGGAUUUUUCAUCCCCAUAUUAAAAUUACUCAACUUUUUCAAACUGAUAGAUUUAGAAUACGAUGACAAGGGUCAAUUGGUUAGUUGCACCAAUAUGACAUUGAUAAAUCUAACCUUAGUAUGGUUUGGUCCCAGAAGAGAGGAUAAAUUAUGUCGUCUAAUUCUAAGAUUGCAAUUCGGAGUGGGGAUUUUGGCAUUAAUCGCUAGACAUGCAUUGGGUAAAGUACUAUUUGGUCACGAUAAUCUGUGGACCAUUGACUAA